AUGGGAUUCAAGUUUGGUUUUGGUGGAUUGCUGGUACUAUUUGCCCUUAGCUUGAGUGAGGCGCAGCAGGCAUCUUGGCAAAUGCCAACAUGGCAGCAAACACCACAGCAGUUCAGCCAUGAAGAACCGGUGCAAGCUCCUCAGGAGCCUCAACAUGGAAAGCCCGUUCAGCAGGAAGCUCCUAAGCGGCAGAGGCCAAUGCAGAAACCUGUGCAAGAGCCAGUGGACUUCCAGUCCAAGCAGGUGCUGCAGGGUCCUGUCAAGGAGUUGGCUUGGAGGUUUCCAAUAGCUCCAGUGGAAGCAGAGAAGCCAGAGGUGGCAUUUGAAUUGAAAACGCCUCUUCCUGCUAACACUGUUGCGGUUCGGUGUGGUGAGAACGUGGUGCAGGUGGAGGUGAAGAAGGACCUCUUUGGCAUCAACCAGCCCAUCCAGCCAUCAGCUCUUACCCUGGGAGAUUGUGCUGCUGCUGGGGAAGAUGCAGCAACUCAGACCCUGAUCUUUGAAUCUGAACUGCAGGCGUGUGGCAGUGUACUAACGAUGACUGAGGAUGGGCUCAUCUACUCCUUCACCCUUGUCUAUGCACCAGAGGCUCUCAGUGGCACUCCAGUUGUUAGGACGGGCGAUGCUGUGGUUGGUAUCGAGUGUCACUAUGCAAGGAGAGCUGAUGUGAGCAGUGAUGCCCUGAGACCCACUUGGAUCCCUUAUGCUGCCACCAAGAUCGCAGAGGAACUCCUUGUUUUCUCCCUUCGGCUCAUGACUGAUGACUGGCAGUUUGAGAGACCUUCCAAUCAGUACUUCCUGGGUGACCUCAUCCAUAUUGAAGCUGUUGUGAUGCAGUACAUGCACGUGCCCCUGCGUGUGUUUGUGGACAGUUGCGUGGCUACCAUGGCCCCGGACGUGAACUCUGUUCCCAGUUAUACCUUCAUUGACAACCACGGGUGCAUGGUCGACGCUAAGAUUACGGGCUCGGAUUCACGCUUCCUGAACAGGAUCCAGGACGAUAAGCUCCAGUUUCAGUUGGAGGCCUUCAGGUUCCAGCAGGACAGCGGCCUGAUCUACAUCACGUGCUUCUUGAAGGCCACGGCGGCUUCAUCUCCUACCGACGCGGAGCACAAGGCUUGUUCCUUCUCUCCCAAUGGAUGGACUGCCGCGGAUAGAGAUGACCAGGUGUGUGGCUGCUGCGAUUCUGGCUGUGGCUUUAGGAAGGGAAGAGAUCUAAAGGCAGAUGCAGCUCUUGAAUGGGAGGGUGAAGCUUCCCUCAGUCUCGUUGUCAAGGAGAAUUCAUUGGCUGGUUGA